CACGCACACGCACACGCACACGCACACGCACACGCACACGGGGCAGGGACUCAUCCUUCUUAACUCGGGUGUCGGAGUCAGUCUUCACACUCUGGAGCUGGAUGUACUGAACAAGCAUCAUGCUCUGCUUCCUCCUCCUGGUUUAUUAUUUGUCAAGUUCAACAUGUUCAGAGCUGCUGAGACGUCACAGGAGGAAUUGGAUAAUUGACUCCUACAGUAUUGAGGAGGAGCAUAAAGGACCUUUCCCGUACGAGCUGGGCAAGAUAGAUAUCGACCGGGACUAUGUAAUCUACUUUAAUCUGAAUGGACAUGGAGUGGAUAAGGAGCCAAAGGGAGUCCUCUCCAUUAAUUCAACGUCCGGCACCAUAUGGGUCCACAAAGCCGUGGACUACGAGGCCCGUCCCCAACUUGAGUUGAAAUUUCAGGCCAGAAGGGCAGAUUCAACAAUUGACACUAGAUUAGGAGUUGAGAUUUCCAUACUGGACAUCAAUGACAACCCACCAAGGUUUGACAAAGAUCAGUUUGAUAUCAGUGUUCCUGAGGAUCUAGCACAAGGCUACCUUGGCAUGACUAUGGUGGCCUCUGACAAAGACAAGAGUGGAACACCUAACUCCACCUUCCACUAUGAAAUCAAAUCUGUGUCUCCAAAACCUGCGGACUCUGAAUUCUUCAUUGAGAAAACUGGAAGCAUUACAUUCAAAGGAUGUCUGGACCAUGAGGCCUCUAAAAAGAUCAGUAUAGUGAUUGAGGUCAAAGAUCACGGUGAAGUCGUCAGCUUGUCCAGUUCAGCCACUGUUGUCAUUCAUGUCCAGGACAGCAACGACCACCUCCCAACCAUCAGCGGACAAACGGGCCCAGAUAAAGUGAAGGAGGAGACAAAGGGGUCUUCUCCUCUGCGGCUGCAUGUGACAGACCAGGACACUCGGAACAGCCCAGCAUGGAGAGCCAGGUUUACCAUACAUGGUGAUGAGGGAGGGCACUUCAAGAUUGAAACAGAUCCAGUCACCAAUGAUGGAAUCCUGACUGUUGUCAAACCUUUAGACUUCGAGAAGGGAGCUCAGAGGGAACUGUCCAUCUCUGUGGAAAACGAGAUACCGUAUUUCUUCUGCAAAGUGAAGGAGAGGACGUCCUCCGGUCCCUGGACAGUUGAAUCCAGUAAAGGGGACCAUGCUAGUGCAGCUCAACCUCACACAGUAAACGUCACCAUCGAAGUGGAGGAUGUCAAUGACCCCCCAAAGUUCAGGGAGAGUGUGAAAAAGACUGUGGUGAAGGAGAACGCCCCCACCGGGACCUGGUUAGGGAACGUCACUGCUGUUGAUAAGGACUCCAGUCACACAAAUACAUUUGUGUACAAGGUGGGACAUGAUCCUGCUGACUGGGUGACAGUGGAUCCCCACACAGGCAACAUCACAACAGUCAAACGUCCGGACAGAGAAUCUCCUUUUGUUGUUAAUGGUGUCUACACUGUCAUACUGCAUGCAGUGGAUAACGGAGAGCCACCUCUUACAGGCACAUGUACACUGCAAAUCUAUGUGAUUGACCAGAACGACAACGCGCCACAGCCAGAAGUGCAACACUUCGAUGUGUGUAUGUCUAACAUGUCCACCACCGCCAACAUCACAGCCUCUGACCUGGAUGGAGAUCCCUUCGGGGGGCCUUUCACAUUUGAACUGCUGGGGGAUGUCAAAGGGAAAUGGAAACUCAGGCCCUCAUAUGGUUACACUGCUGGUCUGGUGAAGGAGCCUGGUUUGUAUGCCGGACAACACACGAUCGAUCUGAAGAUCACUGACAUGCAGGGCGAAUUUGGCGUCUACAACCUCAGCGUGACCGUGUGCGACUGCUCUCUGUCGGCCAACUGCCGAACCCAGCGAAAAACUGCGGCAAAAGCCGCCUUUGGUGCUAUAGGCAUAGUGUUUGCCUCUCUGCUUGCACUUCUCUUCUCCAUCCCACUGACAGUUGUGAUGCUGAUGGCAAUCAUCUGCUCUCACAAGAAAGAGUUCACCGUUCUUGAGAUGGAAUCAGCUGGAAAUACCCUCCUCAAAUCAAACACUGAGAAGCCCGGCACAGAUUGCAAGGUUUAUGACAACGUCCUGGCAGUGUUCAAGAAACACCAAGCUCAAUCUAACUGGCAAACGCUGAAUGAUGGGAUGCAUCGUACGAAUGUUGCACCAGAAAAACAAAGCUACGUGAAUGGACAGAUUCCAAAAGUGGAUUACACAAGAGUAUACCAGUCCCACCCCCACAUGGACGGUAACCAAAUGAUCGGGAACUAUGGUACAACCAAAGGCCACCGCAGCUCCCACCAGCCUAAGGAGAUGGGCACAAUGAAUUCCCUCUCCAUAAGAAAACCAAGCUUUCCCCUGGAUGAGACAAUUCUCAACCUGCUUCAUCAGAAGCUCACCACUCUCCAGGAGACAGAGGGCAACCGGCCAGACGCUCUGUCUCACCUGUACGCAGAAGAGGGCAAUGACGACGACGAUCAGGAAGAGCUGGACAAAAUCAGCAUUCCUGACGAUGAGUCAUUCGAGAAAACGCUGCAAAACUUAGACCCCAAGUUUAACAAACUUGCCUCCAUUUGCAAACCACAAGAUAUACUUAACAGAGAAUGUGCUUUUUAAUCAGUUAGCUACUUCCAUUAGGUGAACAGGGGAAC